UUGAGCAGACAUCAUCGUCUCCAUAAGCCGAUGCGUGGCGAUUGUCGGUGUUAGUGACUAUAAUAAUAAUAUAUGGUAUUUGAUCAUAACAAAAAAAGUUACUUCACAACUGAAAACAAGUGCCAUCGAGUCGAGAGUAGAUUUAUGUUUAUUAACAACCGGCUACAAUUACCAAACGGAUUCCGAUCCACGGGUGGAACAGCGAAAGACAGUGAAUCCUAUGAACCUACCGGAUAUUAAUUUUAAUCAUAAUCAGAAUACCAGACAACACAGAGAGUCCGGCGACGAAACCGGUUUGAGUAGUUGAUGUUUGCAUCGCCUGUUAGUGUCAAAAUAAAACACGUUCCAGAUUUGUUUGAGUUCCGUAGAUGAUUAUCAGUCAGUGCCAGUGCAUUACGAAAACAGCUGUGUAUCGCCCCAAAAACAGCUCUUCCGGAUCCGAUUUGAAAAACGAUCGUGACAUCAGCACAACUGUCGUUGAUUGGUUGAACAAUGCAUAAACUUGUUACCGUUACGGUGAUCAGCGGAUUAAUUACGUUUUCGCUCAGCUUCACCGUCAUCAGCGGAGAUGAGUUGUAUGAGAAUGAUGUCUGCAAGACGCGGGAUGGUUCGGCGGGGAUCUGCACGAUCAGCAGCAAGUGCCCGUGGUACGUGUCGAACGUGAUUCGCAGAAGGCUAAUUCCAUAUCGACAUGUAGUGAGGUGUGGUUUCCUACGCGACGACGAGAUCAUCUGUUGUCCGAGCGAGCAGACGGAAGAACGCAACCAGGAGGAUAAGAGUGACAGUUUAGUUACUCGGACUACGGAUCGAAAGGCGAAUCAGGCAUGUCGCCACUUCCGCGGGAUCACCAAGCUAACGUAUCACAUUGUCGAAGGCGAAGAUGCUGAAGAGGGAGAUGUUCCGUUUAUUGCAGCCUUGGGGUAUGAGUCUAACGAACCGGGAAAACUUUACGACUGGGGUUGUGGUUCUAGUUUGAUAUCACCACGCUUUCUGCUAACCGCUGCACACUGCAUCCGAUCGAGCCGCCGACCGGUGGUAGCCCGGAUGGGAACGCUUAGUUUGGAUAUGCCCGAUGACCCCCGAGCGAUACAGGAUUCACCACUGAAGAACUUUUACCCACAUCCGGAGUACACACCACGAUACAAGUACAAUGAUAUCGCGUUGAUCGAAGUCACUAUUCCGUUCAAGUACGACGAUAACGUCAACAGAGUUUGUCUGGAAACGAAACCGGCCGAUCUACCCCAUACGCAAAUAUUGAUCGCAUCCGGUUGGGGUCUUACGGGAGAGGGCGAUCCCUGCAGUCUGCGAGACAACUCCAACGGAUACUGCAUCGAAGCCACCAAAUGUCCGUGGUUCCUGGAAACGAUUGUCAAGAAGAAGAAAUUCAACGAACGCGUUACGUGUGGGUUCGAUGGGAAAAUCGAAGUCAUUUGCUGCAAAUCGAACGGCACCAGACCGAACGGUCUGGCAUCCGGCAUCCGGACACGGUUGGCAUGUGAUCAGGUACCUCCGAUCACCUCCCGGUUGACGUUUCACAUUAUCGACGGUGUAGAGGCUGAGGAGGGAGAGUUUCCGUUUAUGGCCGCACUCGGUUACGAGAGUGAAGAAAUUGAACAAGGGUACGACUACCGGUGCGGUGCUAGUCUGAUUUCGGAGAAUUUCCUACUUACCGCAGCGCACUGCAUUCCGAAGCAGAGUCGACCGGUCGUGGCGCUACUGGGUACCAACAGUCUCGAUACUGGAAAUAUGGGAGUUGUGGUGCGGAUUAAGGAAUUUUAUCCACAUCCCGAUUACCGUACGAGUAGAAGCUACAAUGAUAUUGCACUGAUCGAACUGGAGGAUAAGCUGAUGAACGAACCAAAUGUGAAUCCAAUCUGUGUCUACAGUGGAACGGAGGACUUGUCGGAGAGUGUGGUGUUAACUGCCGAAGGAUUCGGAAUAACGGAUGUAGAUAGACAAUCUCGUUCGUCGACGCUGAUGAAAGUGAACCUCACCACGGUAGCGUUGGACAAGUGCAACCAAACAUUUGCCGAAAACAACCUGCUAACGAACAAUCGGAGAUUAUCGUUGGGACUGAUUGAAACACAGUACUGCGCCACCGGCAUAGAGAAUACGGUCACCAAACAGAUCGGAGACACCUGCCAGGGCGAUUCCGGGGGACCGUUGCAGAUCGUGGAAAACGAAAAGUUCAAACUAAUUGGCGUCACUUCGUUCGGGAAUGGAUGUGGUUCGAACACGCCCAGUGUCUACACUCGAGUUUCGCGGUACAUCGACUGGAUCGAAUCCGUAGUGUGGCCAAAGACACCGUAACUGCCUAUGGAAGACGUACAUCGCAGCGUGAUUACUUGUGACCCAGUUUCCUGUACGAAUCAACCGAGAGAAAUGAAAUAUUUGUAUAAUGACAA